AUGGCAAACCAAACCUAUGUGGCUGAAUUCCAUUUCCUUGGCCUUUCCAGAAGCUUGAAGAUCCGUCUUUUAUUGCUUGGACUUUUUUCAAUUGUCUAUUCUCUCACUCUGGUGAGCAACACAAUCAUCUUAAUCCUCAUAUGGUUGGAUGCCCGGCUCCACACUCCCAUGUAUUUCUUUCUGAGCCAUCUGGCUUGUGUGGACAUCUGCUAUACUUCCAGCACUGUCCCCCAGAUGCUGACAAACCUUCAAAGCCCAGGACAAGCCAUCUCAGUGCUUGGAUGUGCCAUGCAGAUGUAUAUCUUUCUGGCCUUGGCCACAGCAGAGUGUUUUCUCCUGGCAGUGAUGGCCUAUGAUAGAUAUGUGGCAAUAUGCCAUCCACUGCAUUACACAGUCCUCAUGAACAAAAGAAUGUGCAUCUUUAUGGCCAUGAUAUGCUGGACGAGUGGCCUCGUCCUCCCAGUGGUCCAUACUGUUCUCACUUGGCAGUUGCCAUUCUGUGGCCCUAACUUGAUAGAUCACUUCUUUUGUGAAAUGCCAGCUUUGCUGAAGCUGGCAUGUGCUGAUACUGGAGUUAUUAAAAAGAUUACUUCAUCAGGGUGCAUUUUUACCUUGCUCGUUCCUAUCACUUUUAUCACCAUGACAUACAUCCGCGUUCUGGCAGCCAUCUUGAAAGUCCAAUCUGCAAAAGGGCAGCGCAAAGCUUUCUCCACAUGUGGUUCCCAUAUGACGGUUGUGGUACUUUUCUAUGGCAGUGCCAUAUUUAUGUACAUGAGACCUGAAUCCAGUCACUCUCCAGGCCAGGAUAAAAUGAUUUCUCUGUUUUAUAGCAUUGUCAUUCCUUUGUGCAAUCCCAUUAUUUAUAGUUUGAAGAAUAAAGAUAUGAAAACAGCCUUGACUAAAAUCCUGCAGUUCUGAAGACUUUGUGGAGUGCCAAACAAACACAUAAGAUGCCUUGCAGUGGUUUAUAAACUCUGGUCUGUUUCUUCUUUCGGGCAACAACUUUUUAUGGUUUCAGGCAGGAUUCUGCAAAUAUCUUUACUGCUAUAU